ACUUUAAACCGAGCUUCACACCAUUGAUGUCUUAAGCUGUCGUGGAGCGAAUUAAGGGAAGGAGAGAGAGAGAGCGCGAGAGAGUGUGUGUGAGAGAGAGAUUCUUUUUUAAAGGAGAGGAAGCAGUGAUGGAAGAGCUCACCGCUUUCGUGUCUAAGUCUUUCGACCAGAAAGUGAAGGAGAAGAAGGAGGUGAUCACCUACAGGGAGGUGCUGGAGACCGGUUCGACGCGAGCACUGAGCAGGGAGUCUUUAUCCUCGGAGCCGGGGAGCCGAGAAGAGGCGGCCGCCAUCACCCGGAGCGCUGCGCUCUCGCCGGGCAGGGACACGGACAUGCUCGGCCCGGAGAGGAUACGAGACGCCGGGAGCCCCAAACUCAUAGACGGCAUCACGGAUGUGAAGGAGAGGAAAGAGGACUCGAAGCCCAUGGAGGACGAGGCACAGACUAAAAUCAAACAGAGGAGAAGUCGGACUAACUUCACGUUGGAGCAGCUCAACGAGCUGGAGCGACUCUUCGACGAGACCCACUACCCGGACGCCUUCAUGCGGGAGGAGCUGAGUCAGCGACUGGGACUGUCGGAGGCCCGAGUGCAGGUUUGGUUCCAGAACAGAAGAGCCAAAUGCAGAAAACAGGAGAACCAGCUACAUAAAGGAGUCCUGAUUGGAGCAGCGAAUCAGUUUGAAGCCUGUCGUGUAGCGCCAUAUGUCAACGUGGGAGCUUUACGGAUGCCAUUCCAACAGGAUAGUCAUUGCAACGUGCCGCCCUUCUCCUUUCAGGUGCAGGCGCAGCUGCAGCUGGACAGCGCCGUGGCCCACGCGCAGCACCACCUGCACUCUCACCUGGCGGCGCACGCGCCCUACAUGAUGUUCCCCGCGCCGCCGUUCGGGCUGCCGCUGGCGACGCUCGCGGCCGAGUCCGCGUCCGCCGCGUCGGUGGUGGCCGCCGCCGCCGCCGCCAAGAACACCAGCAAGAACUCGAGCAUCGCGGACCUGAGACUGAAGGCCAAGAAGCACACGGCCGCGCUGGGACUGUGACGCCAGGACGACGCGUGGGCGCGAGGCGUGCACGCGCUCUUUGGCACGUGCUCGCGACACGGAAAGAGACACUGAUAUCACGAACGCUUACAAAGUGGGAGAGAGAGAGAGAAAAAAAAAUUAUCCAUGGACCAUAUUUAUGUUUUCGUUUUUGUUUUUUUUUUUUAAAAAAUGAAGGACAACGAGUAUACGUAUAAAAAUAUAGGCUAUUUAUGUAAUGAAGACAAAAAAGACAGACUGUGACGUGAAAUAGCCUACACAGACAUGAUGAUUUUUGGACAUCAAAAAAUAACAAUAAUAAUAAAAUCUGCCGGAAUGGACAACGAGUCUUCCUGUGCAGCCACAUGGCUGAGGAAGGAGGAGGAGGAGGAGGAGCAGGCAGCAGCUAAGCUGGGACGGUCGAUAUACUUUGCCAAACCAUGUUUUUUGUUCUGUUUUAAUAUUAUAUUAUUAUUAUUAUUGUUCUGCUUCUGUUUUUGAACCUAUACUAUAGAGGCUGGCCUCGUUAUAUUUCACCAACACGUUCUCUGUGAAAGGGCAGAGCGGGAAUUCUUUGACAAAAUAGAGACACAACAACAACAGAAAAGGACAUUUUUUUUUGUUUUUUGUUUAUUCCAAAUUGAAAAUGCCUCAGCAGUGUUUGCAUGAGUUUGUCUUCACGGGUGAAGUGAGAUGAUGUGAGAUUGUCUCUCUCCCUCUUUCCUCUCACUUGAAUGUUUGGCCUUUGUUUGACCUUGAGUGGACCUCCUGUGGUGAGAAGGUGAAACACACCAGAAAUGUGAGAUUAUAAUAUUUAUGUGUGUGGGUGGGGGUGCGUGCGCGCGUGUGUGUGUGUGUGUGAGAGAGAGAGAGAGAGAGGCUCUGCUGAACAUUUUUAUUUUUGUCAGUGUCCAUAUUUUAAAAAUGUGGUGACUUUUGCCCCGUUUUGAAGGAGAGUGUUAUGUCAUAAACGCCAUCCCAACAAUAACACCAACAAAUGAGAAUGACAGUGACACACACACACACACACACCCUGUAUGUGAACCGGUACAGACACGUGUAAAAUAUGUUUAUAACACAAGAGAACAUGCAUUAUUUUUUAUGAUUUCGUGGCUUCUAGAAUGCCUUGUGGGGGAAACUUGUUCAGUUUUUGUAUUUUACUUUAUUAGUGUAUAAAAAAACCACACACUCACGUGCUUUUUCUGUAUGUAAUUUUGAUGUUUUUAUAACAGUGGACGUGAGUGAGCUUAACCCGAGGCACGGGUUUGUAAGAGAGAAAAAAAAGAAGAAUAUUCAUGAAAAUGUUUUAUUUUUUCUCCAUCACACAUGUGAAACGUGAAUCCACCGAAAGAAAUCUUUUUUUUUCGUUCAAUAAAUUAAAGUUUCUUUAAUGACUUGA